AUGUCUACUUUCCGCGGGAUAGUUGCAGAGUUCCCGAGAAUUCGCAUCGACUAUUUCCGCCAGCAAGCCGAGCACAAGCCGCCUUUGGCGUGCUUUCUCAGCCAUGUUCACUCCGAUCAUCUGACAGGCCUCGAGUCUUUGAGGGCCCCGUUUGUGUAUUGUUCGGCUGCAACGAGGGAGAUCCUUCUUCGGCUAGAGAAGUACCAUUAUCGUAUCAAUUUUGCCAAGGGAGUUCUGGAAAGCCGCAAUGUUACAUACGACAGGUGCAUGCGGAGGUUGGCCAAACCGCUUCCUCUAGAUACGCCAACGACCAUUGAGCUGGCCCCUGGAAACAUCAUAAGGGUCACGUGUAUCGAUGCUAAUCACUGUGUUGGCGCUGUCAUGUUUUUGAUUGAAGGUGAUGGCAAGGCAAUCUUGUACACAGGUGAUAUUCGAGCUGAGAUCUGGUGGGUGAACUCACUGGUACAAAAUCCUCUGUUACUCCCAUAUACGCUUGGGCCUCGACGACUUGAUUGCAUGUAUCUGGACACUACCUUCGCAACGAAGAGUGAGUCCUAUCGAGAAUUUCCAGGCAAGGCAGAAGGUAUCAGAGAACUACUAGCUAAAAUCAGCAGCUACUCGGACGAUACAAUAUUUUACUUUCAUGCCUGGACUUUCGGUUAUGAGAAUGUUUGGAUAGCACUUUCUAAUUUCCUCAAAUCACGGAUCCAUCUUGACGACUAUAGAUCACGUAUAUACGGCUCCUUGUCCACACUGACUCGGAAGGAGCUUGCAAAUACUGGCUUGAAUGUACCUUCCGACAAUCGCUUGCUGCGGGAAUCCGGUCAGGAAAUUCGAGAAGCCCCUGCAUUGUGUGGAUUCAGGAAUGGAAACCAUGUCCAACCUGGAUGUUUGACAUCUCAAGAGGCCGUACGCAUACAUAGCUGUGAACGCGGAAUGGGCUGUCGGGUUAUGGAUCAAGAUGAGAGUGGCAAAGUGGUGCACAUUUUCCCAAUCAUCACACGUACCAGAGGUGCUGAAAUUGCUGAGCUUGGUGCUGGAGGUGGCCAGGGUGAUCUCGAUCAAAAGGAAGUGAUAGAAACUGGUGAUGUGGCGAAUAUACGUCAACUGAUGGAGCUAUGUUCAGUCUCAAUCGAGGACAAAGAGCUUUGUACGAAAGUUCUUGCGCUGCUCGAACAAAACCUUCAAGAGGGAGCCAGCAAGCUUGGGGUUGAUUUACAAUUGCGGAAUCGAAGUCAAGACAGCCUGAACCGCCCGUCCUUACGUGACUUGGUAUCCAUCCUGGUCUCUCGCGUUUCAAGCGAACCAAUUGUCGAGCAACCACAGAACAAGAGUAUACGAUUUCCAUACUCGCGGCAUUCGUCCUACUCUGAGUUGCGCCACCUGGUAGCAGCUUUCAGGCCUUCAGACCUUUAUCCAUGCACCAUUGAUAAUAAAUGUUGGACACCAGAAAUCAGUAUGCGCAGUCUCUUUGGGGAUCUUUGCUUCGGCAAUGCCUUUCGCCAUGAUGCUGAACUCAUGGAGGUCUACGACCGCAGGCAGAAAGCUGAGAAGAUCUUCAAACGUGACAACUCUGGAUCUUGGAGCGAUAUGGACGUGUCUGACAAUGGCGUGGUUGAUGCUGAUAUACCAGAGCGCGUUCCCAUGAUCGCUAAGAGGAAGGCCGAGGAUAUUGAGGUGGCAGCAGAUCCGACCGCACGGUGCAAACAGCUCAAUGUCGGCAAGGACAACUUUGCCGAAUCCGAAGAUAUUCAAAUGGGAUCUUUACCUGAUCCAUCAAAUGCGCACGUGGUAUUGCUGGAGAGUCCAGACUGUAUCCCCAUGCAUACAACAGCCGCUGUGGCGGAAGGAACGCGACCUAUUCCGCUUCCAGUAACUCCUGAGGAAAUCUUGAAUCCGCUUCCACCCUCGGCAACUUCAAUCGAUAUUACAACGUCGGAGCGGCACAUGCACAGCAAGACGCCGAAGCUCAAUCAUAAGCAGCUUGCCUAUAACGCUGCUUUGGGUACAGGCCUUACUUGGCAUGAUUACGGUGGUCUCGUCUCCACAAGAAGCAAGGCUGACCGAGAAGAGCAAGAGCUUUAG